GCAGCAACUCUUCCCACUUACCAUCAUGGCAAGCGAACUCAAAACAGAAAAUCAUACACCUUCUAGAGAGCUUGUUGAACCUUCCUCAAAUGAAAAGUUCAAUUCAGACGUAAACGACGAAAUUAUACCUACCAUAGAUCACCAGGAAGACCCUGAAACGGAUGCCGUUUUGGCCACGGCGCCAUGGCAGUACAAGCUUAUAGCUCUAGUCACAGCAUUGAUGCUUCCAAUUGGCUCCCAUUUCUCCCAAAGCGCCAUAUCGGCCAUGAAGUCAACGAUUAAAACGAAACUUGCAAUCGACAACACUCGCUAUGGUGUUUUGUCCUCAAGCGUUUCGAUCAUCAACACCAUCUUCCCCAUUGUUGGUGGGUUCUUUAUUGACGCUUUCGGAUCCGCCUGGGGUACAUUGGCGGUCAAUGUCUUUAUUAUCGUCGGCUGCUUGCUGACGGCCAUUGCUGCCAAAAUUCAAUCGUUUGGUCUUAUGAUUGCUGGAAGAGUUAUUUUUGGUAUUGGAAGUGGCCUUAUUGUCACUAUGCAAGAAUCGCUUUUAUCAAAAUGGUUUCGUACUCAGCAUUUAUCCAUUGCCAUCGGCUUACAACUGUCUAUAAGCCGUCUCGCUACGUUUCUGGGAACCAUUGCUGCUUCGGCUAUCGUUAGUGGUACCGGUGACUGGGUCUGGUCUUUCUGGCUUUCCUUCAUUAUCUGCGCUUUCUCUAUUGUGAUGAACGUCGUGUACGCACUUGUCGUUAAGCGGUUGCGUGGAGCGGUAGUGACCAAACGGGAGAUCAUCGAACUCAAGGCCAAGAAAGCCUUUAACUGGCGAUCGGUUACCAAGUUCCCCGUAUACUACUGGCAUAUCAUUCUUAUUGAAUUCAUCUUUGCCGCUGUGUGGUCUUCCUUCCAAACCAUUAGCACCGAAUUGGUACAAGUUCACUUUGGCACUACGCAAAUUUUGGCUGCUUAUACGGCUAGUGCUUCCUUGGUCGUUCCCAUCGUUGCCACUCCUAUACUUGGUAUCUUUAUGGAUUUGUUUGGUCGCCGGCUUAUUAUUUUGUUGAUCUCUGCUAUAUUCAUGAUAUUGAGUGCGGCUUUGCUUGGUUGGACCUAUGUCAAUGCUGUUGUUGGAAUGGUCUUCUAUUCCAUUUCCUUGGCGUUCGGACCGAUUUCCAUGAUUACCGCUAUUGGUAUGAUUUUGCCGUCGGACUACAUUGGUACUGGCCUUGGUAUGUACAAGAGCUCUAACAAUAUCGGAACAUCCAUUCUGGAUAUCGUUGUUGGCGUGGUCCAGGACAAUACUGAGAACCAAGCUUAUACUGGUGUUAUGGCGUUGUUCAUUGCGUUGUCAGUAGUUGGCUUCAUUCUCAUCUCCGUACUCUGGUUGACACAACGUGUCUACCUUAGCAACUUGUUGGAAGUUGGACGUAAGAAGCGUACUGAGCAAAUGGAAGAAAUCAAUAACGCUCAACUGGAACUGACAAGACAAGGCUUGGAUCCAUAUGUCAAUACCAAAGCCACAAUCCUUAACUAUGUGUAUAUUGGUAUCUUCAUUGCUGCGCUUAUUACUGCAUGGGUACUCUUCUUCGUAUACGCUCUUGGUGGUCAGAUUUCUGUAUAACUCUAUACUGCCUAAUUUUUCACCUACCUUUAAUUCUUGAUAUCACUACUACAAUGUAUCAUAUUCCCCACUCUCCCAUAUCACAUGCCUAUUUUUCAAAUCUUAGUCAAAAUAAUAUAUCUGAUUCUGAAACAUUA